AGGUCAUACGACUACAUGCACUGCUGCAUUGAAAAUUCUGGUUCUGUCUAGAAAAGCAAUUAUAGUAGUGAUUCGCACUCUUUAUCACUGGCAUAUUUAUUGUUUUAUGGGUGUUUAUUAGCUACAUAAGAAAUAAUUUGUUGUUCUAUCACUUUUAUUUCGAUUAGUUUCUGGUGAGGUCUUGGUUUAGGUAUAGUAGUCCUAGGCAAAAUCUCCAUAAAUAUUGCUAUUAAAAAAUUCGGAAAACGAGGUUUCCAACCAUCAUUAUCUUUCGUUUGUUCGCCAAAUAUCAUAUUUUGUCCACCAUUUGAUAUCGUCCAGAGGGGCGCUACUAUUUUAUAUGACUUUGGUAAAAUCAUCAGAGACAUUACUAAACAAAAGCAUUGUUGGGAGUUUAGGGCCCGAACUAGCGAGGUGUAUGACUUCGCAGCGACGAGAGCCCACCUGUUAUAGUGAAUGGUUACAUAAUUGGCAGCGUUCAUGAUACCAUCGGUUACCUAGCUUAAUUGAUGUGUUCUCUUCCAGGACUACAAAAUUCUCAUCCAAUAGGCAUCGGAAACUUCAACCCUUCAGAGAAACGUGACUGACGACGACCGCGCCUACAAAUAAUAUCAAUAUAUCACGAUUUCUUCAGCCGCCUACCAUCAACCGGCAACAUUUCUCCCCUAGCCAAAAGGAAUAAUAGCGCUUCCUUCUCAAACAUCAGCACUCAGCAGCCCCGCUUAAGUACUCCACCAUGAGCAUAAACGUUAACCGUAACGUGAGCGAUGUGUUCUACCGUUACAAGAUGCCCAGGCUAAUAGCCAAGGUCGAGGGCAAAGGUAACGGCAUCAAGACCGUCAUUGCCAACAUGACGGACGUCGCGAAGGCCCUUGGUCGGCCGCCCACCUAUCCGACCAAGUAUUUCGGCUGCGAACUUGGCGCUCAGACACUGUUCGAUUUCAAGAACGAACGUUACAUCGUCAACGGAUCUCACGAUGCAAACAAGCUUCAGGAUCUACUGGAUGGUUUCAUCAGGAAAUUCGUCCUCUGUCCGGAAUGUGAUAACCCAGAGACGGACCUUCUAGUCUCUACCAAACGCAACACAAUAUCGCAGGGUUGCAAGGCCUGCGGAUACCACGGCCUGCUCGAAUCUAACCAUAAGCUGGUUACUUACAUACUGAAGAACCCGCCUACCCUGAACCCUGCAUCGCAGGGUUCUUCGCUUACCGAGGGAAAACGUUCGAAACGUAGCAAAAAGAAUGGAGACUCGAACGCCAACGGCGAGGGUCAAGAUGACCAGGAUAUGGUAGAUGCCCCUCCAGAGUCUAUCAAGAACGGAGCUGGUGACGAUGAUGAUACGGAAUGGACAGUCGACGUGUCUGAGGAAGCAGUUAGGGCCAGAAUGCAAGAUUUGACAGACGGCGCUAAGAACAUGACCAUCAGCGAUGACCUUGAGAAAACCGAAAAAGAGAGGAUCGACAUUUUGUAUGGCUUAGUCAAGUCCAAACGUGAUGCCAACCAAUUGGAGGACCUCACGGUGCAAAAGGAGAUCGCUAAUGAAGCGGAACGUCUUGAGGUUAAAACAAAGGCGCCGUUGUUGCUGUGCGAGUUGCUUUUCGAUCAAAACAUUCUCGGCCAAAUAAAGAAAUACCGUAUGUUAAUACUGCGUUUCACCUUGAACGACAAAAAAGCGCAACGCUAUCUCAUGGGCGGUAUUGAACAAGUCAUUGCCUUGCACAAGGAUCAGCUCAUGGCAAAAGUGCCAAAUAUCUUGAAGGUGCUUUACGAUUUGGAUGUAUUGAGUGAGACUGCUAUCAUUGAAUGGAGCGAGAAGGUUUCGAAAAAAUAUAUCACCAAAGAGAUCAGCCAAGAAAUUCAUGAUAAGGCAGCUCCGUUCAUUAAGUGGCUCAAGGAAGCUGAAGAGGAAGAAAGUGACAGUGAAGAGUCCGAGAGCGAUGUUGAAAUUGAGUAUAACGAUAGAGCUCAAAUAUCGCCUCUGAAAAAGAAAGUCCAAGAGGCUCCUGCCAAAAAAAUCGAGGAGGAAGAGGAUGUGGCAGAUGUUGAUAUAGAUGCUAUCUAAAGCACUUCCGACGUCAAAAUGGGAUACUGUACCAAUUUCAGUGUUAAUCUGGUAUCUUCCAGGUACUUCAUUUUAUUAAUAUUGCUUGAAUCCUCUUAGUUUCAAAUUGAAUUGAUGGCAUAUUAUUUUUUCAACAUCCAUUUCAUUUAAGUUUGAAUUUCAAUUGAGUGGACGAGUCAUUGCUUUCUGGUAGGCCUAAGCCCACAAUUAUCUGAGCGAUUGGUGCAGUAUUUUACUGAUAUAAAGAUGUGUGAAUUCUUAAAGAAAAAAUAAAGAAAAUCAAAUAAAAACUGGAUCGAUGUUCAAAUAACCUUUAGCGAAAAGUUGAUGUUUUGUAUGACAUUGAUUCUCCAAUGUCUGCUCUAUACUUUUUCUAUUAAUUACAAUAAAUUCACACAGCUUUAUGGGGAUCACUCCACAGGUGUCCUUAAUGUUUUUAUUUGUUGUAAUUUUUUCAUUCACUCAACAUCAGAUACUUAUCUGAUUCUCUAUUGGUACAUUUGGUAAAUAAUCAAAAAAUUCUCAUAGAUUUAUAAUUCUGGCUCUGCGAUUACCAUAAAAUAGUUUUUAUAUAAUGAAAAUGUUAUAAUAAAGGAAUUAUAUUUACUUAUGGUUAGAUAGGUUUCAUAUUUUACCAUGUCCCAUUUUAAAAUAAAAUGUAUAUGUGGGUUUCAAUUGAUUAUUGUUUCAAUGUCAAUAAAAUGCAUUUCAAAACGUUA